UUGACUGCCGAUGACGAGAAUUCUCGUCAUUUUGGACUUUGCGUUUAGUGUCAACAGAAUGCAUCUUCUCGUCAUGAAAUUAAUGACUGAAACAAGAUUAUCUCCUGGCUCGAUCCCAACUAUAUAGACUCUCCUAAGUCCGACGCCUCAUUGGGAGCGUAAAACGACAACUCGAUACACUCGAUUGCAACUGUACGAAAUGUCGAACAAAGUGCCGUGUGAUUGAGUUACGCGAGUGAGUGUUGCGCAAGUGCGAGAAGGAAUUUCUGAGAGGAGGAGGAGGCUUGGGAGGCAUCGGGCACCGGCGGAGCAACCAUAAAAUCAACGUAGUCGUGCUACAAUUCCGCGCUGCUGCGCAUCGUAUCGAUUUUUCGGCAAACCCGGAGGUCGAGCAGCUGUUGCCGAGCGCCGAGGCAGGCGAUGACACGUCAAACACACGUAUGAGAAGACUUCAACCAGACGAGCGGUUGUCCAUGAACGAGUUGUAUCUUCAAGGUGGCGUUUCGUCAUCGCUUCAGGACAAAUCCGCGUCAUUAAAUCAUAACGCACACAUAGGGGAGAGCUCGAGCGGUCCGACGGCUGUGAUAACGCCGUCCUCGAUCGUCGCAAACGGCAACGAGAGUAAUGACGAUCCGCCGCCUUAUGCCACGAUUCCGCCGCCUUAUAGCGCGAUCUCGCCACCGGAUCACAUCGGUUGGCCGUACGGACUUUUUUCAUUCGGCGAUUCGUCGUAUUCCACGGACGGGACGACUCGUAGGAUGGAAAUACCGUUGACACCUUUCCAAGCCUGUCUGGCACCGGCAGCGAGUUUCCAUCCCGAAGGGAUUAACGGUCAAUACGCGUAUCCGAUGCCCUUAAUGCCUUACCAGUUUUUCAAGUUUGGUUGCCGCAGGAGCUCUUUCGUGCCGAGGGAAAUGGCGGACGACGGGAUCGCGGAGAAAAUCGACGAUAGAAAAUCACGAAGAUACGGCGCUAUCCUUGUGGCAGCGGCGGUCAUCAUCUUUCUCAUGGCCCUCUCCUUGAUGGUUCGCUUCAUCAUGGAAAAGAGUUGGUGGCGAAGAUAGCUUAUCAAUGGAAUUGAUGAAUACCUCGAAAGUGUUAAAUUCCAACUUACGAGAGAUUAAUUAACGAUCUAUAAUUAGACUUUAUUAACCUAACAUAAUUUACUUUAGCAGGUACUUUAUAUAGUUUCUGAGAUAGCUCAUAUUGGUUAUCUCUAAUUUUCUCUGUCUCUUUUUUAUACUUCUCUCACCGAAGUCUGUCAUUAAGUAAAGAAGCAUAUCAAAAGUA